CCGCGCUAGAGCUAGGAGGCAGCUGGUAGAGCGAGUGUUUCCGCUCACCUAAAAUAAAGAGCCGAGGACAAGGAACAACGGAACAGCACUGACGGAGCUACACGACGAAAACAUUCAUCGUUUCUUUUGUAUUGUUUCACCACAUUCUUGUUUUUGGUGUCUCCAUUUUGUACAACCUUUUAAUGCCUCGAAAGUGAAGCAGUGAGAGGAGGGCUCGUCGCUGGUAACCUUUCCGUUGGUUAAGCCGUAGAGGUCUCUCGCUGGUCGCCGGAGGAAAAGAUGUGCGAUGGAAUGGUAGCGUUUCAGACGAGAGCCCCGUCCUCCUCCUCUUCCUCUCGAGCCCACAGGCUGGCUGCCUCCGCUCUUCUCCUCCUCUUCACCCUGCUCCCUCAUGGUCACGCAUCAGGUUGUGCGCGGCCACCCGGCGUGCAGCAUGGAGACUUGCUGAACCAGACCGAAGCCAACCGGGGAUCGUUCCUCCUGGGGACGCUGCUGACUUAUGGCUGCGAGCCCGGCUACACAGCAGAUGGAGCCACCACCAUCUUUUGCACCAUCUCUGGAGACUGGACCCCUCAACCUCCCCGCUGCAUCAGAAGCAGCGUGUGCUCUCCCCCCACUGAGCCAGAGAAUGGGGGCUACCGCUGUCACCCAUCUCCCUGCCCACGGCUCACCCAGAAGACCGUCAUCGAGUACUUUUGCGACGAGGGCUACGCUCUGAAGGGGGACUACAAGUUCCUCACUUGCCAGAACGGAGAGUGGGAUGGCCCCAUGCAGAUCAGCUGCCGACUCACACAAGACAAGGAGCCAAGCUCUCCGCUGGGGAUCCCCGCUCUGUCCAUCGUGGCGUCCACAGCCAGUUCUGUGAUUCUCAUCCUGCUGUUGGUGGUGCUUUUUGUUCUCGUACAGCCCAAACUCAAGUCCUUCCAUCACGGCAGGAGGGAGCAGGGGGUGUCCGGCCAGUCCAGCUCCAUCAUGGUGGAGGGGGUCCAGGUGACGCUGCCCUCCUAUGAAGAGGCUGUUUAUGGAGGAGGUGGACCCUGUGCGGCCUCUGGUCCUCCUCCUUCUCCGACUCCUCCCGUGGAUCCUACAGAGUCACGGGUCCCGAUCGUGCUCUCUGAGGGUCUUCCCCAGGGGGCCACCGGAGGCCCCAGCAGAAGCCGCCAGCACAGAGACUUUGACUUCUGUCUCCCAUCCACGUCCUCCUCAUCGUCCUUCUCCUCCCGGCGCCACGCAGAAACGGCGCUGGUUCAUCAGGCCCCUUCUUCCUCCUCCUCUUCCUCAUCAUCAUGGGCUAGAGAGCACCCUGGGGGUGCAUGCGCAGGCCCCCUACCUCUCCGUAGAGACUCUGAGAGCAGCGACCAGCACAGUCUGCUCUCUGUCACCUCUGUGGAUGACUUCUCUGACGAUAUCCCCCUGCUGAAGGAAGCAUGAAGCCUCCAGCCUGCUAUCAGCAGCAGCAGCAGCAGAGCCCUUAUUUCCUUCUCUCUCACUGCUGACCAGGACUGACUGUGGCUGUCAACCUACUUUCCCCCCCACUCCCCUCAGCAGCCUGCAGAGAAAAGACUAGAACUAUGCCCCCAUUCCCCCAAUGCAACCCCUUCUGCCAUUGCUUUCCAUGCAGAGCAAAGCCAACAACCAAUACUCGCAAUGAAGGAGCGCCUCUGCACCCAGAUGCUGGAUCAAAAUAAAGACAAUAAAGCGGUGCCAGCUCAACAUAAGUCCUGUAGAUCCUAUGUAUAUGUAAAACCUACAUACUGAGUCACGGAUGUGUACUAUAGGCUUUGUUUUAUCACACACUUGCCUCCUCCCAGGUGUAUUUCUCUAUAUAAACAUUGCUGACAGAGGCUUCGUCGGAAACAGGCUAUAGCAACACGCCGCCUCCGCCUGGGAUUACUGCGGAUAAAUGAAAAAUACUCCUGAUGUUCGCCCCUGACGCUGCGGCACUCGGAAUCAAAAAUCGUCUUCCCGCUGUACUUGAAAAGGUUGUGAGUGACGGCUGGGAUCUGUGAAUGCUGCAUGUGGUUUUUAGUUAUUGCUGUCAGAGCGCCAUGGCCCGCUGAAAGAAGCAUGAAGCGUCCUCUGUCUCUCCCUCUCUAGCUUUCUGUGUAUCCGUGAGGCGUCUAGCAUAUGGAUUAGUGGGAUCGAGAAGCACUUCACAAGAGCUAAAAGCAGUGCAGCAUUUUUUUUACAAAGCACCAUAUCACAACUACAAAAAAAAACAUACCCUUUUCUUUUCUGCCGCCAGCUGCACCCCAUUGAUUGGUGAUUUAGAUGCAGGACUUUGCUUUAAGUCUUGCCUGUAUAAGGACACAUAGGUUGCUUUUCAUUAUGCUAGUGUCUCUAUAGCAUCACUUUUGUUGAUACGUCACGCAAUAUAGAGUACUACCUAGUAGGGUACUGUUCUUUUCCCCGGCUUUGAACCCCUUAAAAACCUCCUCUUCUCGCUCCUUGUUUCCUCGAGGUGCAUUUGAGGGAUGCAAGAACCUUCAUGAUGUCAGUUUUCCAUUCAUAGGGGAAAGAGGAAGUGAUGAAGAAUACGUUAGCAUGAAGAAAAGCAUCCAUUAUGUCACAUUCUGUCUGAAAGCUAAGGAGAGUCUUGUGUUUCAUGGUGAUGGGACACAUGAUUAAACUUUCAGCUUUGUUUUUCUUCCGUUUGUAUUUAUUGGUGUGUGGCUCAGUUAGCUUUGACUUGCUGAAUCUGAGUGUGUGAGUGUGUAUCUUUACGUGUCAGCUAGGCAGGACAGGACAUGUCGUCAUAUGGUCGGCCUUGAUACAGCCAUUUCCUGAUUUGCCUCUCAUUAGAUCAGAGACUUGCUUCACAAUGUCCCUGUCUUUCACCAUUGGAAAGUGUCCCUCCCAGCACUGAAUAAGUCACAUGAACAAACCAGCGUCCCUUCAGCCAAGUAGUCCAUUACACAAUGUGUGUAUUAUUCAUCUACUCUCAUGCUAGAAUAUUUAUCAUUUUCUGCUGAAUGGCUGGAAAACACAAAUCCCCUUCAGAGGAACUGGCUCUCGCCCACCCCCCUACUGAAUAAGACUCUCCACUAUUGUGCAUUAUUGACACAACUGCAACUGGUUGCAGUGAAACGUUUUGUGAAAUAGCACCGUACACCCACUCGCCCUCCCUAAUGCCAAGUGCAAAUUUAAGAGCGCAUCAUAUUAUUUAGUUAGAAAUCAGUUUUUAAUUGAAAAGCUUUUAGUGGUUGAGCUGGUCACCCUGGAAACGACAUGACUCUGAAGCAUCAGGAGAAUUACUUUUCAAGCUAAACUCUACGAAUUUAUAUUCUGGUUUUGUUUGGCAUUAGUGGCUGUGUGUCAGUUUCAAUGGCUAUAUUAUUAAUGCAAACAGAAUGUUGCCUUAGACUUGUAAAUUGUCUUUUUCUUUUGUAUAAUCUUAAGCGUCCGCAUUGGUUGCUUUACAACACUGCAGCAUAUUCUGUUUUCCCUAUGGCCUUACUCUGUUCUUUUCUAUUCUAUGCAUAAAACUGUCUUUGUGUAUUUAUCAAUGAGUUUACUUUUGUUGUGGACACGAAUAAACGAAUGUCCAUUCUUCUCUGUCCCCCCCCAUAGCUUUUACAGCUACUGUGAUGAUGAUGAUGAUGAUGAUGAUGGUGAUAAUGAUGAACGUAUAAGCACCUAUAUUUCACUAUUCCUUUGCGUCUCCUGUGCAACAAGGCAAUAAAAUAUAGUGGGAUUGAAAUGAGACAAAAAAACAAAUGACCUGAACCCUUCAGAAACACUGUUGUACGGUGUUGCGUUCCUGAAAAAUAACAAAAAAGUUCACAUGUUGAUUCUUAGUUUCAAAAUGCUUUCUGCUUUGGUUUUUUCUCUGUACAUGGCAAUGGGUGUGAAGAUAGUAAUUUAAUAUUUGUAUAAAGUUUAAUUUAAUUUUACAGUGUGUAUAUAACUUUCUAAUUAAAGCUUUCUUUUAAAUGUGGAA